ACAAGAAGUGGUUCACAUACCAAGACAUCCAGCUAAAAAAUGUGAUCUAAUUUGCAUUUGGAGAUAGGCAGUGGAUCACCUACCUACCAAAACAUCCAGCUAUAAAUUGAUCUUUGCAUUUGGAGAAAAACAGAAUUCUGUAACCACAAAACUCAACAAGAAGAAUGAAUGAGAAGAAGCUCCCCGACCACUUGAGAGAAGACAACCUAAGCGAAGAAACAAGGACAUUAAUCUCUUCACUUCCUUCGACCAAAGAUUUCCUAGGGAAGAUCUACAACUACCAAGGAUGUUGGUACUACCCCAACACUCUCCUAGGAGUCCUGAAUUUCCAGAAAGGUUUCAAGCCUCAAGAAACCGACAUAGUCAUCGCUUCUUUCCCCAAAUCCGGCACCACUUGGCUCAAAGCUCUCACAGUCGCUCUCCUUGAGAGAUCGAAGUACAGUUCUUCUGAUGUUCCUCAUCCUCUUCAAUCCGAUAACCCUCAUGGCUUAGUACCCUUCUUGGAGACCAAUCUGUAUCUCAAUAGCUCAACACCUGAUCUGACCAAGUUCUCAUCUCCAAGGCUGUUCUCGACUCACAUGCCGUUACAUACGCUUCAAGUACCCUUCAAGGACUCUCCAUGCAAGAUCGUGUACGUGUGCAGGGACGUGAAGGACGUGUUGGUAUCGCAAUGGUAUUUCAGGAGUGCUUAUCUUCAAAAAGAAGUAGACAAAAGCCUUCUCGAGUCUUCUUUAGAUUCAUUAUGCAGUGGAGUUGGCUAUUUUGGACCCAUUUGGGAAAAUGUAUUGAGCUAUUGGAGAGGUAGCUUGGAAGAUCCCGAGCAUAUUCUCUUCAUGAGGUACGAGGAAAUGAAGUCAGAGCCCGCUGCUCAGGUCAAGAGACUUGCAGAGUUCUUGGGUUGUCCAUUCACUGAGGAAGAAGAAGAAGGCGGAUCUGUGGACAAGAUCUUGGAACUUUGUUCUCUGCGUAGUCUGAGCAGCAUGGAGAUCAAUAAGACAGGAAAAACCUCGAACAAUGUGCAUCACUCUAAUUUUUUCCGCAAAGGAGAAGUGGGUGACUCAAAGAAUCAUCUGACUCCAGAGAUGGAAAACAAAAUCGACAUGAUCAUGGAGGAAAAAUACAAAGGCUCCGGUUUGAAAUACUGAGUGAUGUGUGCUUUCCUUUAAUGUAUAUCAUCAGAGUAAUAAAAGGGAAUACAUUGCUGAUGUGUGAAUUGUGCUUUGCUUUAAUGGACAUGUACUAAUAGUAUUAAUAGAAUAAUUCAAGCCA